GCAUACUUGGGACACCUUACAACGCUUGCGCCUCUCCAACCGGGACACGGUUUGUUAUUUUGGACAUCUUUUCCCCCUUUCCACCCGGUACCCUGAACGCAGUGUGACCAAACUCCUCACUGUCCUUUGGACGUGGAUCGCCUUGGGGGUGCAAGUUUGGGGUGCAAACGUCUACUUCGUGAGAAGGCCUGGGACCGCCCCGCCCCCCCGACGCCGGGGGUUGAGGAAGUUUACAUCUGGAUUUUCACACGUUUUGUUGCCACUGCCCAGACUCCGACUAACCUUGUGGGCUCCAGGUUUUCGAUACUGCAACCUCCUCAAAUAUUAGCACUGCCUCCUCGCGCCUGCCCUAUCACUCCAGGCCCCCCGAGGUCCUUCCCUCAUCCCGGCGGAGCGGAGUACGAACCCGAGGGCUCAGUGGAGCCCGGGGCCUCGGGCCCGCACUGAGCAGCUAUGGCUGCAGCGAUAGCCAGCUCGUUAAUCCGACAGAAGCGGCAGGCGAGGGAGUCCAACAGCGACCGGGUGUCGGCCUCCAAGCGCCGCUCCAGCCCCAGCAAAGACGGGCGCUCCCUAUGCGAGAGGCAUGUCCUCGGGGUGUUCAGCAAAGUGCGCUUCUGCAGCGGCCGCAAGAGGCCGGUGAGGCGGAGACCAGAACCCCAGCUGAAAGGGAUUGUGACAAGGUUAUUCAGCCAGCAGGGAUACUUCCUGCAGAUGCAUCCAGAUGGCACCAUUGACGGGACCAAGGACGAAAACAGCGACUACACCCUCUUCAAUCUAAUUCCUGUGGGACUGCGUGUGGUGGCCAUCCAAGGCGUGAAGGCCAGCCUCUAUGUGGCCAUGAAUGGGGAAGGCUAUCUUUACAGCUCAGACGUUUUUACCCCAGAAUGCAAAUUUAAGGAGUCUGUGUUUGAAAACUACUAUGUGAUCUAUUCUUCAACCCUGUAUCGCCAGCAGGAAUCAGGCCGCGCAUGGUUUCUAGGACUUAAUAAAGAAGGUCAAAUCAUGAAGGGGAACAGAGUGAAGAAAACUAAGCCCUCAUCUCAUUUUGUACCAAAACCUAUUGAAGUGUGUAUGUACAGAGAACCAUCGCUACAUGAAAUUGGAGAAAAGCAAGGCCGUUCAAGAAAAAGCUCGGGAACACCCACCAUGAAUGGCGGCAAAGUUGUGAAUCAAGACUCUACAUAGCUGAGAACUCCUCCUGUUCUGCCCUCCCCACCCUCUCCCUUCUCCUCCCGCCCCUUCCCCAAUUUUUUCCAAUAAAUCCACCCCAACAAGAGAAAAAAUAAUAAAACGGCAUCACAGGACUUAGUAGCUGAGAUUCUGCACUCAAAAUCUUCCUUUGUGUAGGACAAGAAAAUUGAACCAAAGCUUGCCUGUUGCAAUGUGGUAGAUAAUUCACAUGCAUAACAAUUACUGCACAUAAAAGCAAAGAAAAAAAUAAAUCAGGACUCCACAAACACUAAAUUUAAGUGUGUUGUUAUUAACAGAGGGCUAGUUGCAAUGAAGACUAUAAUGCAGACAAAAUACAGUCAUUGAACUGAUGGAAAAGGUUUUGAGAAAGCCACUUAAAAAAUGUUGUUGAACUGUAAAUGCCUUUACGUUCUAGAGAAUUCUGUGAUGUGCAGUUUUGUUUCAUAUUUGUAUUUUCUUUAGACUUCUGUAAAUGAUACACAAUUACAUCCUGUUUCCAGGACAUUCUUUCAAUCAUAAAUUUGAACAUGUCAAAAUUAUAUUCUUCUAAUGUCUGUCAGACAUAUAGCCAGGGGCCAUUUAGCGUGAAGAAAGGUUUUAAACAUUAUUCUUGAUGUUGAUAAUAUUUUUUUUAUUUUAGAAAAUGAAAAUCUUGUGUUGAAUUUAAUCAUAUUAGCUGAUUUAAUUCCUUUGUAAAGAGUUUUUCCUAAAAGAAUAUCAUAUUUUUAUCUAGGUAUUGAUCUGGGAUUUCAUUAUUUUUUUGACAUUUAGGGGAAAGGGUUUUGUUGUGUUUCUGAGAAGAUGUAGGGAACCCCCUGCCAUUGCUAUGUCUGGUGAAGAAGCACAGGCUUCUUGCUUUUUUCCAUUCAGUCUUAGUGUUGAUCUGUGGGUACCUUUGAGUGUUUAUGUGCAUGUCUAGCUGUCAUAGAAAGCUGUCCUUUUUUUUUUUUUUUACCAUAUCUUGCAGCAGGGAAGAAGGAAAGUGGGUUUUGCCUAAGGAAAUAAGCCUGAGAUUUAGAGUCAAAGCAAAUUUUAAUUGCCUUUUUACUUUGCCAGACUUCUAUGUGUAGAUGUUUUCCAAACUCUAUGAGAAAUCAGGAGGCGUGGUAGUGAGAUUCCUAACUUACCAUCUAUGAAGCCAGUAGCUUUGUUAGUGUUAUCCAAUUUAAAAGACUAGACUGCAAUAAUUCUGUCUUCUAGAAAACAGAAGAUAACUAAUUAAACAUGGAAUUUUCAAGGGAUGGUGAGGAAAAAAAAUGUGGAAUUAACAGCCUUGAUUCCAAUAGACAGUGUUUUGUCGGUGGAUUUGUGUCGUGAAAAAGAACUCCAUGUAAGAGCAAGCAAACACACAGUUAGGAAUACUGAAGUACUAGAAAACAUUAACAAAGGCAUGAAGUUAUACCAUGGCAUUCUGGAAUUACUAGAUCUACUUAGGCCUGGAAAUCAGGAAGGGUGUAGAGACAUCCAAAUUAAAACAAACCAAACUAGAAUGUUAAAAAUGUUUGCAGAUUUAUGGAUAUUAUAAUGAGAAGACUUAGCAUGUAACUUCUCCUAUAUCUCUACUGUCCAGCAUGUAUUAUUCCAAAUAUGACCCCUAAAACACAUACUUUGCAGAAGAUCUUGGCCCUCACUUUGAACCUUUCCACUGGUUGCUGUAUUCUUUCAAGGUCAGUGUAGUGUCUCCCCUCUACACAUCAUUAUUCUUCAGUGUGAUUCUUGUCCUAUCAAGUAUCCUAAUUAUGUUCUCUGGACAAUGGCAGAAAAUGUACUGGAGGAAUUUUCCUUUAAAACUACAAAGAACAGCAGUUACGCACAAAGGCAAGGCAUUUGUACACAUUUUAAAUCAGAAUGUAGGGAAAGUAACAGAUACAUUUAAUUUUUUAUAUAAGGAAUAUUGCUCUCUUAGGAAAAGAAUAACCACUUAAAGAGCUGUAUUCAGGAGUUGUAUUCAUUGUCACUAUUGAUCCAGCUUGAUUAUAAAUACACCUGUCACUUCCAGGACCAAACAAAUCCCAAGCACAAAGCCUUAUUUUCUUUGAAAAAAAAAAUAAAGAGGCUUCAACAAAAUGGGUCAUGGGCUCUUUUAGAGGGAAGUGCCUAGAGGUUUUAAGGUGAUAUGUUUACUCAACCAUAAUGCAGCUGAGGGUCCACAGGAAAUACAAUUGGUGGAAAUCACAGUUGCCCAUCUCAUUGAUGAUUUCAUGAUAGAAAUUUAAGCUCAUUAUUUAUGAAAAUAUAAUCUGAUAUUGAUCUCUAAUAAAAUCCCAUCUCUAUUUUCAGUGGUUGUCAAUCAUUCAUCAUACAGACACACCUUUGUCCCUAUCAUAUCAGUAAUUAAAAAGCUUUCUCACCACUCACAUUGUCUCUAGUUUUCCCUCCACAUUGUGUUUAGCAAUUGUAAAUGUGUUUUGGAAAUUAACUUUGCUUCAUUUACAACUGACUUCAAAAACAAAUUGAAAGCCUCACAUUCCUUUUAUUCAUAAGCCUAGAAAAAUGUGGUUUAGAGCACAGGGUGAACCUUUGUUUAGUCUUUGGUUGCCUUUUAAGUACAUGAAAAGCAUAAAUAGAACCAAUAUUCACUGACUUAAGUUUUAAAAUCCAUGAAGAAAUAUAAGCAUAUAAAUGUCCAGUUUCACUUAAAAACAUGAGCCCGUUUCGAUGGUUGUUUUUCAGCUUGAUUUCCAACUGAUAUCUUCACUGUGAUCAUCUUUAUUUUAUUUCCUAGCUUCAACUCAUCAAUCAUCUCAUCUCCUUUAAUUGCAAUAAGGGUUUCCUUUUUGUAGUUUCCAAAACAAUGCAAGGGGAUAUUCCCAGGAAAGGACUCUAGUAGAGAACUAUCGGAGCCCUUAUGUCUUAAGUGAAUGGUCUUCAUAAUGAAAACAAAAAUUCUGUGAGUCUCAUAGAAUGGCUUUUUGGUCAAUAUUCUUUACUUGAUAUUUUAGCUAGAUGUUUGAGGUUUAGAAACAAAUGGUGCUGAAGUUCUAUUUGCUAACUUAGAGACCUUGUGCUUCAGGAGACUGAACACAGUAAGCCAUCCUUUUCUUGAUCAUAGUGAUAGUUUGGGUUUUGAAUUACAUCUAUGAAGUUCAUAAGACAUUGUUAGCCAUUAUGGAUUGGCACAGUGAAUAGACAUCUAUGUAAUAUAAUGUGAUUCAUUAUGGGCCUCAUUCUAAUUCAGAUAUUUAUACAGAAUAACUCUUCUACCUAAGAACAUGGCAAUACUGUUGCUAGGUAUUGUUUCUCAAUCAGUGAUUCUGUCAUGCCACAGAGAAGUGUUGAGAGUAUUGAAACAAGAGGGAAGGAUGGAGUGUAACUUGGUUGUUGUGUAUUGAAUUGUCUUUAGGUCCAAUCUGGAACCCCUGGUUGCUUGGAGAAGAAGCAUGAGUAUGUCAACAGUGAUUUAUAUUUUAAAACAUAGACCCAGAAAUAGAAAAGCUACCCUUAUACCCUGUGGCUUAGUGUACAAGGCUUUGCUUUUGAAAAGGUUUUCCAUGAAGUUGCUUCAUUUUUUCUGCACAAGAUGAGACAUAAUCAAACUUAAAAAUUCCCUGCUCAUUUUAAUGCCACUAAAGGCUGAGGUUAUUACUCUGUCAUAGAUUGUAAAUAGCAUUUUUUAAGCCAGAAUCACCUUUAAAACUGUGGAUUGUUCUACAAAUAUAUAUGUGUAUAUAUACAUAUGCUUCUGAAAUGAGGAUAUAUUAUAUAAAGUUUCUAUUUGAUCUGUGGACUUUCAUUAGGUAGUCAAAAAUAAAGAGACUUGAAUGCAAAACUUUAUAUAUAAAUGUAUAUUUCUAAUGAUAGUACAAAUUGCCACUUUAUAAUAAAAAAAGAAACAGGUGGGAACAAUACUAAAGCACAUACUCCUUCAGAACAUUGGUUAUUUUUUAAUCUCCUCUGAUGCAGCAAUAGUUUAAUGUCUAAAAUGUUUCUUAGAAAGCUAUAAUUCCCAAUAGAAAUCUCAUUCCAAUCUGAGGUUUGAAAACUGGUUGAAGGAUAGGCAAAGGAAGUGACAUAUUGAUCUUUAUCAGGACAUUUUGGUGACCAUAAUUAAAGUCAAUAUUUAAAUCCAAAUUGAGUGAAAAUUGCUAAUGUUCAGGGAUGGUAUAUUGAGCUUCAAUGACAAAUAAAAGCAAAAAAGAGAGCGCUUAACACUAUAACAGCAUUAAAAUAAUGCAUUGAGCAUUGCAGCAUUAGUUUUACUAGCUGGAAACAAUGAGCUGCUGUUUCUUUGUCUGUGCAUCCAAGCACAACACAAUGACAGUAGCAUUCAUUUUACUCAAAGCCAUUUAAAAAUCUAAAAUAUAUAGCCACAAAUAGAGUCAUUAUUAGCUCCAUUUCAAGGUUAAGUGUUAUAAUAUUAACAAAUGAUUGACACUAAAAAUUUUUAAUAAACAUGUUAUAUGAGAAACCAAGCAGAUUAAUAUUUGUUUUUCAUUAAAGCACAGAUUAUUUAAGUCAUUGUUUUUUUUGAGAUCAGCUUUGUAAACUGUUUAUACACCACAACCUUCCUGAAGUGAAAAGAAAUUAAAAUCUUGAGUUACUCAUGCAUGUAGAAUACUGGCACUUAAAAAAAACAAAACAAAACAAACAUUAAACUUCACCGAGAAGUC